GUAGACGUUAGGGACAAACUUUAACCGAUUCGCGGAAGUGGUUGAACGGUGAAAACGUCACCAGUAUCUCUCCUGUUAUAGUUUAAAACUAUCAGAAAACUGCCUUAAAACGGAGUGAUUCAUAAUUAGAGCUUCUUAAAUAACUUAUUUUAAGUUUAUUGUACAGUGUUAACUAUUUAAAGUAUGUUUAAGAGCUGGGGGAGCUGGCUGGGGAGAGAAGAUGAAGAAGAUGUUGAUGAAGACUCAGGACAGAAUCAGGAUGUAAACAAACAAACAGCUGUUUCUGUUUCUGAAGGUGAAGAUGAUGCUCCUCAACCUCAGCAGCUGCUCCAACAGGCGAAAGGCUUCAGUGGAUAUAUUUAUAAUUUCGCCAGCAUCGCCUCAAAGAAACUCUCAGAGUCUGUAGUUGAAACAGCACAAACCUUAAAGAAAAGUGUGGAGGAGGGGAGGAUCAAUGGCAUUAUUGAUAAGACCAUUCUGGGUGAAUUCCAGAAAGAACAAGAAAAGUUUGUUCAGGAGAAAAAAGCAAAAACAUUUGGUGCUGCUGUGCCACCGUGGGUUGGUUAUAAUGAAGAGGAAACCAUACAGCAGCAGAUUCUAGCUCUUUCAGCUGACAAAAGAAAUUUUGUGCGAGAUCCUCCCGCUGGGGUCCAAUUUCACUUUGACUUUGAGCAAAUGCAUCCGGUCGCCUUGGUGAUGCUGGAGGAAGACGAGCUGCUCCGGAAGAUGCGUUUCCAUCUGGUCCCCAAACAGGUGAAAGAGGAAGUCUUCUGGAAGAAUUACUUCUACAGAGUGUCGUUGGUAAAACAGUCGGCUCAGCUCACGGCGCUCGCAGCUCAACAGGAUGCUGAACGGAGAGACGUGGAGAAAACUGAGACCAAUCAAAAAGAUGUCGUUAGACAGAAAACUCCCCGUGUCGUCUGCAGCAUCAAACCAAAGUCCAGGGAGGACGAAGACGAGGUCUCCACCAGCCCGUCUGUGUCCGAGUUUGUGAGCGACGCUUUUGACUCAUGCAACAUAAAUGAGGACGACCUACGCAAAGAAAUGGGACAGCUGGUUCUGGACAAGAGGGAACAUCCGAGCACACAGCAUGAGGAGACUCCUGACUGGGAGAGAGAGCUGCAGGAAGAGCUGCAGGAGUACGACGUGUUGGCCGAUAACGAGAACCGAGAUGACAACUGGGACAGGGAGAUCGAGGAGAUGCUGAUGGAGGAGAGUUAGAGCGAAGACACAAACUCGUCCAGCCUGAACUGUGUGGAGGACAGAAACAGGACAUGACUCCUCCCAGCUGAACGACUCAUUACAAUAUCGGUCCUCUUAGAACUCUAAAGACGGAGAAACACCGCUGAACAUCAUUUAUGUUUCAUGAGUAAAUAUUUAAAAUCGUCUCCUACCGCUAAAUGAAGAGCAGAUAUUGUCCUAUAUAAUUAUGUGAUACUGAGGGACGCCUCCACUGAGUGUAGAAAACUGGCCUUAGACUCUGGAAUUAAAGAGAGACUACCGGUAUGUAACUUGUGCUGAACGGUGUCGACUAGAUAAUGGAUAAUAGUAAAUAAAUAAUGAUAAAUGCACAUAAAAGUAGAGAGAGUCACAAACUCAGCUACCUGACUCAGCAAUGCACAACGGCGUAUUAGGACCAUUGUAGCUACAAAAUAUAUAUUACGGAGUCGGGGGUAAUAUUCUGAGAAAAAACUCAGAUACAGAUAAUAAUAAAAUAUUCUCAGUCAUAAAUUUGCAAGAAAAAAAACAGAAAAAUUGUGUUUUUUCACUUUGCAAGGUUUGAUCUACCUCCUCCACGCCACAGACGCCACCGUUAAACACUGAGGAGCUGCAGAGUGCAAAAUAUAUUAACUAGAACUAGACCUCCUCCAAGCUGCCCGAGUACGAUUGCCCCCCCCUCUCCAUGCAGCUCCACGUGUAUUUGUGUUUAUGUUGAGAUCAGCUGAACGUAGCGGAGCAUCGUAAAACACUUCAUUCAAACUGGACAGAAACAAAAUAAACUCACUUAAACCGUCGUCGUUAAUCUUUCCAACAAUCACCAAGUGUGCUUUGGUCCAACUCAACUGGAAUUUCACAGAGUUUAAUGUUACAAAACGCUGAAUCUACAGGUGUCCAAUCUGACUGUUCAUUUGUAAGAGGAAGAAGGGCUAUACAGUAUCUUCUUUCAAAAGUUACAGUCUUGCUUUAAAACUAUUAAAAAAUCAUGAGCCAAAGUCAGGUGAUAUUUCCUUUCUCUUCUGGAGGAUUUCAUGUGACCAGUAACGUCUAUUUUUGUCUGAGCCAACUCUUUUUAUAUAAAUGGAAAUGAUGCUGUUUUAAUUGCGUUAAUCUGUUAACAGUGCAUUACAGUAUGGAAUUUAAUACACGGUUUACGUCACUCUGUAUUUUAUCAAAAUAACUAAAUGGAUGACUGAACAUGUGUAUUUUUUGUGAUCAUAUACUGUUGACGUUGAUAUAAUGAUCUUUGUGGAGACAUGUUUUAUGUGUAUUGUUACAUUUUUAUUAAACUUUGACAUUUACAA